AUGGCUGUGGCGGAGGCGGCGUCGUGGCUGCAGCGGACCUCUACCCUGCUCGCCCCUGCGCCCUGGCAGUGGGCGUGGCUUUCUCCGUGGGCGUGGCUCUUCUCGUCAGAGGUCGCCAGCGCAUACGCCGCCUACAACGCCUCUGCCGUCAGCAACUCCACAGACCUCGAGCUGCGCGCCGAGGCGCCGCCCAGCCCGUCGGCGCUGGCGCUGUACGAGCACCUGUCGCUGCCGGUGCCACUACCCUCCGCCGCGCACCUGGGGCUCGCCACCGGCCUGUUGCUGGCACUAUUCUUCAACGCGCGCCGAGAAGCCUUCAAGGUGGAGGACGACGGCGUGGACGGCGCGCAGCUGCUGCGCCAGCUGCGGUCGCUGCUGCUGGAGCGGCUGCAGAGCGGCGCGCUGCCCGAGAAACUGCUGCUGCUUCGCCGCCACUCGCCGCUGGGCUACUUCUACUGGCAGCGACGGCCACAGCCCCUGCGCCUCGACGCCGUCGUCCGCGAGCACGUCCGCUUCCUCGGCGACGAAGACGACCUCGACGAGGAUGCCGCCAGUUUGUUUGGUGAGCGUGCAGCUGGGACCUUGCAGCGACUGCAGCGGAGCGCGGGCGUGCGCAGGUUUGGCGGCAGGCGGCAGCACGGGGCAGGCGCCGGCCAGUGGUGCUGGCCGGGCGCGCUGCGGCGCCGCCUGUGCGAGCUGGCGAACGCGCCGCUGCCGCAGGGCCACGCCGCCGGCUGGGAGGUGCUGGUCGGCGCCGCGCCCCUGGCCGCCGGGCCCGCCGACGCCGGCCAGGAUCCGCUCACCGCCAUGGAGGAAGGUCUGCCGGAUGGCGUAGUCGGUGGUGGGUUCCGGUUGUUCCCGGUGCUGCUGAGGGUGCACCACUCGCUGGGAGACGGCGUGGCCCUCCUGCACCUGCUGACGCACGCGCUCUCUGGCUCCCCACAGUCGUCUCCGCCGUCGACGCCGCCCCCGCCGGCCUCGGAAGCGAGGUUCUUCCAGCGGGCGUCCUGUACACCCGGCGAUGGCCGCGCCACGCCCAUCAUCUGCCAGGUGCCGACGCUGCGCGCUAUGCCGGCCACGACGAACGCGUGGCCGCCGCAGCCGCCGGCGUCGCUCAGCACCGAGACGGAGCACGCGCCGCCACCCGCCGCUCUCCGGCCGCGCUCUCCAGCUCCAGCGCCGGGUCCGGCUCCAGGCGACAGGGAGAGGGACUUGGCCGUGUGGGUGGAGGCGGCCCGGCGCUCCUCCCCCGCGGCGUGGGCACCUCCGCGUCCGGCCACGCCCGGCCUCCGCGACAGCUCGGCGCCGAGCUCUCGGCCGGCGACGCCUUUCCACUCUGCGCCGAGCUCUCGGCCGGCGACGCCCUUCCACUCUGCGCCGAGCUCGCGGCCCGCGACGCCCUUCCAGUGCUUCAUCGACGCCGCGGGCGACGCCGUGUCGUUCACGGCCGCCGUCAACAGCAGGUCGCCGACGCAGGUGGGGGCCGGGCAGUGCCCCGCGGGGGGCGGCAGCCGCCCCACGUCCCCCCUGGCGCCCCCGGACUCCCCCGUGAAGCGGCCGGCGUCUCCCGUGCCGCCGUACAUCCCGGGCGUGCCCGCUUCGCCCGUCCGCCGCCCCCUGCGGAGGGUCCUCAACGGCCAGACUCCUCACCGGCCGUACAGCCCCAGUGCUCCGGCACUCACCAGACUGCACUGCUACAGCGGCGGCGCCGCCGCCUUCGCGGACGACCUCUGCGACAGCAGCUGCGGGCUCGACGGUCGCGGCGGUACCACCAUAUACUACUACAGUGCGACCGACGGCAGCUGCAGGAAGCUGACGAGGAACUUCUCCCACGAUGACGAGCGCUCCACUGCUGCCGAGACGCCCGAGAGAACCCAGUCCAAAAACUUGGCGCGUUCCGUUUCCUUCGGCCCUGUAGAGGUUUUGGACGGCUCUGACAAGGAGACUCUCCCACAGACGUCAAUCACCGAGCGGGAAAUGAACCGGGACAACGACGAUGCCGAGACGGCUGCAGUACUUGAAGCUCCCAACAGUCCAGUCAAGAAAGUUAAUUCCGAAGACAGUCCAGAGGCAAAAAUGGAGAUAGCCGUUGAUGACGCACCGCAGAAACCGUCGUUGCUCGUGCCGGCCGUAAAAGUGGAGGAAGUGUCUCUCCAACCUGGUAAUGAAGCUGAAGCAGCCCAAGGGACCACAAUACAGGCUCAGCAGAUGGAGCCGCAUAACAAGGAUCUGCCUACUGGAAGAGGGCAGAAGAGCUCUGAAUGCAAGGCUAGGCAACUUCCGAAGUUCAAGCUCGUUCCUGAAGGUGGUCAGCUCCUGCGCGUAGAAGCGCAGCUGAUGACCGCAAAUGGUGUUUCGGGCAGCCCGUACGCGCCGCUGCUGCAGGCGAUCAGCGAGUCAGGUCGCAGCCGGCCCGCCGGCGCGCUGGAGGCUGCCCGCGGCGCAUGCGCACUGCUGCUGACGCCGGCGGCGCUACUGCAGCAGGCGCUGCUGCACGCCGACCACCAGCUGCCCUGCCCCGCCGGACAGCUCUCCGGGAACAAGGUGGUGACGUGGCUGUCGGAGCCGCGGCUGCUGGAGGCGGUGCGGCGGGUGCGGCGGCGCGAGUGCGCGCGCUUCACGGACGUGCUGCUGGCGGCGCUGGCGGCGGCGCUCGACCGCCGGCUGGGCCCGCGCGCGCCGCCCAGCGCCACCGUCGUGCUGCCCGGCCGCAUCCCCGGCCCGGAGGCCCGGCCGCGCCCGGCCGCCGCCGACGUCUCCAGCUUCCUGGACAGCCCGGGCCCGCGGCCGCCGCUGGAGAACCGCUUCUCCGUGGGCCUGCUGCCGCUGCCGCUGGCCGGCGCCUCGCGCCUUCCGCCCAACCGCCGCCUCCGAGAGGUCGCGCGGCGCUCGCGUCUCCUUCGCGCGUCGCCGGACUACCAGGUGAACUGGUGGCUGAUGCGAGUCGCGGCUAGUGUGCUGCCGACAGGGCUGCUGGGGCCCGCGCUGAGAAGCACGCGCUCCAGCCUCGUGGUGAGCAACUUACAAGGGCCGGACCACCGCGUGCGCAUCGCUGGGCACGAGGUGCGAGACCUCGUCUUCUGGGUGCCCAACAGGGGCUCCAACGGAAUGGGUGUGAGUAUUCUGAGCUAUGCUGGUGGGCUUCAGCUGGGACUACAGCUGGACAAGGCCGUGGCACUGGGACCAGAUGAUGAGGCACGGCUGCUAACAGUUGUCGCUGCAGAGAUACACCGUAUGGAUGCUGCCAGUCGUGCUGACCACUGAGAUGGAGUAUCCAGCAUCUAGGUCUGCACUUCCCAGGGCAUUUCCAUUUCUUUCUCUCUACGCAGCCAAGCCAUCCAGAGCAUAUCUGCAGUUACCACAGUAGCCUCGCAGUAACAUUAAAGAAUAAAAUAUUUUUUAAAAGUAGUCAA